UGAAGACUAUUCCAAAGUCAACCAAAACCUUCACAAAUAAAUCCUCCAAACCAAAAACUCAAUGAAAGCCAAAAAAAAAGGAGCAAAAACGAAACCCUAAUGGCUACCUCCAAUCCACCAAAACCCUCAAAUCUUCUCAAAAUCAUAUGGGAAGCUCUCAUCUUCCUCACAAAUAACUGGAAGCCUGCUCUCAUCUACAUCUUCUUCUACUCCACCUUCUUCCCCCUAUCCUUCUUCCAAUCUUCUGCAAUCACUCCCAUCAUCACGAAUCUGCAGCAAAACCUAAUCUCUCUCUCAAAACUGAAGCCUCAAGACCCAGAUUUCUACCAAACCCUAACAGUCAUACUAACUGAGAUCAGAGAGAUUACAGCAAAGGAAACAGUCUUCUACGUCGCCAUCUUCUUCCUCUCCACUCUUUUACUUGCUUCAACACUAUGCUUUAUCUGCAUGGCUUAUGCUGAUAAGAAGCAACCAGAGUUGAAGGAACUGUUGUCUAAGUUCAGAAGAACAUGGAAGGGUGCACUGAUCACUCAAUUCUAUGUCACCAUCUUCGGGCACAUGAGUGUUUUUAUAAGCUUUUUGUUAACAUGUGGAAUUGCAUUAUUUUCAGUGAAUUUUGCAGGAGUUGCAGUGAGUUUUGUUCUUCUGAUACUAGGAGUGAUUUUAUAUCCGUAUUUAGCUAUGAUUUGGUUGCUUAGUGUUGUGGUUUCAGUAGAAGAAGAGGAAGGAGGAGGAGGAAGAAUAAAUGGACUUGCUGCAAUAGUGAAGGCGACAGAGAUGAUGAAAGGGAGGAGAUUGAAAGGGAUUUUGAUUGCUUUUAUAUUGAUUUUGUUGAAUUUGGUUGUUUGCUUGCCUCCACUGAUGCAUCUCUCUUCAUCUGAAAGUAAGGAAAUGGUGAUUUUGGGCAUAUUUUUUGUUGUUGGUGCAGUGGUGAAAUUGUUUGAGUUGGUUGUUGUAGUUGUGUUCUACUUUGAGUGUAGGAAUGGAGGAGGAUUGAAGAUGAAUAAAUUUGGGGCAGAGUAUUCUAAGUUGGCUAGUGAGGAUACUGUGGAUUCAGAGAUUCCAUGAAUGUGUUUUUAGGAUCUUGUAGUUGUGGUUUAUUUGGGGUCUUUUUUGGUUAUUGUUAAUGUGUUUUCGUUUUUAUGGAAUAGGUUGAAGAGAUGAGAAAUAAAGUAUGUUUGUUA